GUCUACUGCGCAUGCGCUGUUGGUUGGCUUGAGGACUUGAACUCUUUCAGGUGUGAGAGGAGAGGAGAGGAGAGACCGUCACUGAAACAUCUUCAGUGGCUGUGCGUGUUUGGCUUCUGUACAUGUUCUUCUCGGUCGCCUGGACCAAGCUAAACCUGAGGAGAAACAUCGUCGUCUUGAACUAUAAAGGAGGUCUCAGGCUCGGUGGAGAUCAUAUAGCUUCCGUUGGGUUUUCUCAGUGAAAAGUGAGGGAUGAAGGUGAAGAAGGAGGAAAAAGAUGAAAAGGGCAAGAGAAAAUCAGCCCACCACCAAGAGAAGCAUGAACACAGACAUAGAAAGAAGUCCAAUUCGCCGUCUGAGGAGACUGUUAAGGAGAGACAUUCAAAAUUGAAUGGAAAGCACCACAGAUCAUCUGCAAACCACUGCGGCUCAGGAUCUCUAGGGAAUGUCCUGCAGGAGUCCAGGAUCUCAAGCUCUGGAAAGGUGAAGGCUGAUUCUGCCAACAGUGCAUCUGAUGCUGAUAGCAUGGAUGUGGAUACCAAAGAAGGCAUUGAAAAGAGUCUGAUGUCACUGGAUGGAAACAACAACUUGGCAGCGAUGACUCCAUGGCAUGAGGAAUCAGGAAAUGGAGAAGUUAAAAAAGAGACACCAGAGGAAACCAGCAAACACAAGAGGAAAAGUAAACACAACAAUGAUGGUCACAGUCAUAAGAAAGAAAAAAAGAGAGAUAAAGGAGAUGAGCUCCAAACGAGCAGAGAAAAAAAUAACCGGAGCAGUAAAACCAGUAAAAGUUCAACUGGUGACAAGAGGCAUAAAACCAGUGCAAAAGUGAAAAGGUCUGAAAAUAGCCCCAUGUCUGAGACCGCAAUCAAAGAGGAAAAAGAUGAGCUGCCAAACUUUGAUCUGAUCUCUGGCUGCGGACAGGUCAAGAGUGAUGCCGAAAUGACAAAAGAAAAACACAGUCCUGGAAAGGCUGCAGAGAAGGAGCCCACGGCCAGGACCACAAAGGAGAAAAAACGAGGUCAGGAGAAGAAAAGGAAAUCUAACAGCCUAGAACACGAUGAAGCAAAGAAAAAUAAAGUCAAGAAGGAAGAGGAUGAGUACGAGGACAAGAAAGAAGAGAGUGAAAAAAAGGCAAAGCAAGCAGAGGAAGAGGCCGAUAAAUGGAAGUGGUGGGAGGAAGGAAAGCAUGCAGAGAACGGUCAGAAGUGGAGAAGUCUUGAGCAUAAAGGACCGCUUUUUCCACCAGAAUAUGAACCUUUGCCUAGCAGUGUGUCAUUUUUAUACAAUGGAACACCGGUAAUACUAAGGCCGGCAACUGAGGAAGUAGCAACUUUCUAUGCCAAGAUGUUGGACCACGAGUUCACCACCAAGGAGGUUUUUCAGAAUAAUUUCUUCACUGAUUGGAAGGAGGUAAUGACAGAAACUGAAAGGCAGUUGAUCAGUGAUCUAUCACAGUGUGAUUUCAGCAACAUCCACAAAUACUUUGUGGAAAAAACUGAGGAAAAAAGGAACAUGACUAAAGAAGAAAAACAGGUUUUAAAGGAGGAAGCCAAUAAACUUACUGAAGAAUAUGGAUACUGUCUGCUGGAUGGGCAUAGGGAGAAAAUUGGCAACUUCCGUGUGGAGCCUCCAGGGCUGUUUAGAGGGCGAGGGGAACAUCCUAAAAUGGGCAAACUGAAAAAACGUGUCCAGCCAGAGGAUGUGAUCAUUAACUGCAGCAAAGAUGUAAAGAUUCCGGAGCCUCCUCCAGGCCACCGCUGGAAGAAAGUGCAGCAUGAUAACACAGUCACUUGGCUGGCUUCCUGGGUGGAGAACAUUCACGGGCACAUCAAGUACAUCAUGCUCAACCCCAGCUCAAAACUUAAGGGAGAGAAGGACUGGCAAAAGUAUGAAACUGCCCGUAAGCUGAAACUGAGUGUGGACUCCAUCCGGAGUGAGUACCAGAGCGCCUGGACCUCUUGUGAGAUGAAACAGCGUCAGUAUGGAGUGGCUUUGUAUUUCAUUGACAAGCUGGCUCUGAGGGCUGGUAAUGAGAAGGAUGAUGACACGGCAGACACAGUGGGUUGCUGUUCUCUGCGUGUGGAGCACAUCAACCUGCACCGCCACUUGGACAGCCUGGACUAUGUGGUAGAGUUUGACUUCCUGGGCAAGGACUCCAUCCGCUACUACAAUAAAGUGCCUGUGGAAAAGCAAGUUUACAAAAACUUGAAGCUUUUCAUGAAUUCCAAGAAUCCAGAUGAUGAUUUAUUUGACAGAAUUUCUACAACCUACCUCAAUAAAAAGCUGAACGAGGCUAUGCCAGGACUGACGGCAAAAGUUUUCCGAACUUUCAACGCUUCUACCACCCUACAGGAGCAGCUGAACCAACUCACCACCGAUGACAUGACGCUGCCGGAGAAGAUCCUGGCCUAUAAUCGUGCAAACAGAGCUGUGGCUAUACUCUGCAACCACCAGAGGGCAGCACCCAAAACAUUUGAGAAAUCCAUGCAGUUGCUGCAGGAGAAGAUCAAAAAGAAACAGGAGGAAGUGGAGAAGGCCAAAAAGGAGCUGAAACAAGCAAAGAAAGAGCACAAGCAGUUGCCAUCGGAGGUGUCUAAGAAACUGGUGCAGAAGAUGGAAAAGACUGUGAAGAGGCUGUUGGAGCAGCUAAAGAAGCUCCAGCUACUGGAGACUGACCGAAACGAGAACAAGGUCAUCGCUCUGGGCACUUCCAAGCUCAACUACCUCGACCCCCGCAUCUCUGUGGCCUGGUGUAAGAAAAACAACGUUCCAGUGGAGAAGAUCUACAACAAGACUCAGAGGGCCAAGUUUGCCUGGGCCAUCGACAUGGCUGAUGAAAACUUCCAAUUCUAACACACGCAGAAGAGGAUGUGCUUUUCUUUACUUUUCACUCUUUUUUCCCCCACUUCCCUUUGACAUUUCUUUUGACCAUUCAAACAGCUUUUGUUAAGUUAUUUUUUAUGUGAUGUGUGUAUGUCAAACUUUGUUAAAUAUGAUGGAUAUGACGUGUCUUUUGUGUUGGAUUUAUUUGUGUAGUAAAAUGGGAAUACAAAGCUGAAGGUCACUUGCUUUUCUGUUCUUUUUUUUUCCCUCUUGGUUUUUCUUGAAGAGAUGUGUGGGUUAUGGAGCAUGUGUUGUAAGCAGUUUGUUUGAACACCAGUUUUCGUCUGAGCUCUCGUUUUCUUCUGGCUCAUAAAAACAGAAUAUUAAACACAGAAGAUGCAACUGUGUCACAAGUGA